GCGCGGCGCGAUGUGCGAGCGGGCGGCGCGCCUGUGCAGGGCCGGCGCGCACAGGCUGCUCCGGGAGCCGCCGCCGCAGGGCCGGGCGCUGGGCGGGCUGCUGCGCUGGGUGGGCGCCAGGAUGGGCGAGCCCCGGGCGCCGCUGGCCCCCGCCGUCCCCGCCGCGGACCCCGGCCCCAGCCCGGGCCCCGCCUCGCCGCGCGGGGGCACCGCGGUCAUCCUGGACAUUUUCCGCCGUGCGGACAAAAAUGAUGACGGGAAGUUAUCCUUGGAGGAGUUCCAGCUCUUCUUUGCAGAUGGCGUCCUCAACGAGAAAGAACUAGAGGGUCUCUUCCACACCAUCGACUCCGACAAUACCAACCAUGUGGACACCAAGGAGCUGUGUGAUUACUUUGUGGACCACAUGGGGGACUACGAGGACGUCCUGGCCUCCCUGGAGACCUUGAAUCACUCUGUCCUGAAGGCCAUGGGCUACACCAAGGAGGUGUAUGAGGGUGGGAGCAACGUGGACCAGUUUGUGACACGCUUCCUCCUGAAGGAGACAGCCAACCAGAUCCAGUCCCUGCUGAGCUCGGUGGAGAGCGCGGUGGAGGCCAUUGAAGAGCAGACCAGCCAGAUCCGACAGAACCACAGCAAACCCAGCCGCAGCGUGGUGGAGACCUGGUCUGGGAGCUCCACUCCCCUCUAUGCCCACAACCACAAGCUCACGGCCGUGGAGCAAGGGAAGAGCUUCCCACUUGUCACCUCAGACUCCAAGGAGGAGGGCCUGGAAGCCCAGAUCAGCAGGUUGGCGGGGCUGAUAGGACGGCUGGAGAGCAAGACCCUUUGGUUUGACCUCCAGCAGCAUCUCUUGGAUGAAGAAGGCACCAACAUGCAUCUGCAGCUGGUCCGGCAGGAGAUGGCCGUGUGCCCUGAGCAGCUGGCCGAGUUCCUGGACUCCCUGCGUCAGUACCUGAGGGGCACCGCCGGAGCCAGGAACUGCUUCCACAUCGCUGCCGUGAGGCUGGCGGACGGCGUCACCUUCGUGGUCUACGAGUUCUGGGAGACGGAGGAGGAGUGGAAGAUGCACCUGCAGAGCCCCGUGUGCAAGGCGUUCCGGCACGUCAAGGUGGACACGCUGAGCCAGCCCGAGGCCCUCUCCCGGAUCUCCGUGCCAGCUGCCUGGUGCACCCGGGGCCGCAACUGACCCCCUGCCUGAGGCCCCGCGGCUGACCCCGCUGCCCUGCUCCCGCUGAUGAAGGACGUCCACUCUUUUCUAAAAACUGUGGUAUACGAGCGAGCUGUCUUUUCAAUAUACUUCCAAAUAAGGAGGUCUUUUCCUGCUGUUUGAAGUGAAGGAGAACCCCUGCCCCCCGCUUGUUGACAGAGCAGCAUCUGAGCUGCUGGGCCCUGCGGAAGCCAGAGGGCGGCGGUGACGGGGAGCGGCCCCUGCCCCCAGCGAGUGGCCACACCUGACCAGUCCCCACGUCCUCGGCCGGGCUCGCCCCUCACCGCCUCUCCCUUCUCUCGCCUCCUGGUUGCCACUCCUCCACCUGGUAGGAGCCGGGACCCUGUAGUGCCCCCCAGGCCCGGGCCGAGCCCGCAGGCGGCAGUAGACCCCAUGUAGCCAGUGCCCUGCUAGGCAAACAGCCGCCCGGGACAGGCACCAAAUAAACUAGCGU